AUGAUCUUGAUGGAUGGUGAGAGUACUACAAUUCAAGCCUCCAUUGCUUGCUACAAUUAUGAAACUUAUGGAUCUCGACUAGAGGAGGGAAAAUCAUAUUCCUUGAGCAACUUUAAAAUUUACAAAAAUAAGAGUGAUUAUAAGGUUUCAGAACAUGAAUAUAAAAUUUAUUUUGCAAAGUACACUUCCUUAAAAGUAUGUCAAGAUUUAGUAGUACCACCUUAUGAAAUAAAAUUUAUGUCUUUCAAUAAAAUUUUAGCAGAAGAAUGUGACCCUAGUCUUCUUAUAGACAUUAUUGGCGAGGUCGUUGAAUACAGCGUUGUUGAAGUGGCAAACAAACAAACAAUCAAUUUGAAGUUGUAUGAUACCGUGUAA